AAUGUUAUGCUGACUUCUUCAGAGAAGACUUUGAUGUGAAAGCUUACACUUCCCAGUCUAUCCAUCAGGCUGUGAUAGCUGAGCAACUGGCAAAACUUGCCCAAGGUAUUAGUCAGUUGGAUAAAGAGCUUCAUUUACAAGUUGUAGCAAGACACGAAGACCUGUUGGCCCAAGCAACUGGAAUUGAAUCCCUGGAAGGUGUCCUCCAAAUGAUGCAGACUAGAAUUGGUGCUCUACAAAGUACUGUUGAUAGAAUUAGAGUCAAAAUUGUUGACCCCUACAACAAAAUAGUGUCUCGCACAGCUCAGCUAGCAAAACUUCAAGCUGCCUGUGACUUGCUGCGGAGGAUAAUACGCAUCUUGUAUCUCAGUAAGAGACUUCAAGGACAACUGCAAGGAGGAAGCAGAGAGAUAACAAAAGCUGCCCAGAGUCUCAAUGAACUUGGUGAGUCCUUCUUAGUUACUU